CAUCGCAUCCCAGCCACCUUGACCCCUACAUUUUCUUUUUCCUUUCCCAAAAGCUCAUCCUAGGGUUUCUUCCCCCAAUCUUUCAUUUUUGGGGGUUUUUCAUUUUUUUGCCCUAGAAUUUGCUUCAGCACUUGAAGACCCUUCAACCCAAUUCAUCACAAGCUUCAUGUUCAGCUCUGCAGCAUAGUACUCACAAGUAAAAAUGGGGUUGAAGUUUUCAAGGCAAGUGCCUGGGAAGAUGGAAAGCCUGACCAUACAACACAAACUGAUCAAUUGUCUGAGUAAAAGCUUUUACAUCCGUAACUUGGUGUCGAAGCAACGGAGGCGAAUGCUUGUUGCUGGUUAUGAUCUUGACAUGACCUACAUCACGGAUCGCAUAUUGGCAAUGUCAUUCCCUGCAGAACGAAUGCGGGCAAUGUAUCGUAAUCCACUCUGGCAGGUCAAGUCUGUGCUCGAUAUGAGACACGCAGAUCAUUAUAAGAUCUAUAACCUUUGUAUUGAAGAAAAUUAUGAUCCGUCUCAUUUUUAUGGUCGCGUGGAGUGGUUUCCUUUUGAUGACAAUCAUGUUCCACCUCUUGACAUGAUGAAGCUCUUCUGUGAAAAUGUGGAUUCAUGGCUAUCGCACAAUCCAAAGAACAUUGCUGUUAUACACUGCAUGGCAGGCAAAGGUCGAACAGGCUUAAUGGUAUGUGCCUACCUAGUCUACUGUGGGAUCUCAGCAGAGGAAGCUCUUGAAUUGUAUGCUCAAAGGCGGACCAUAAAUAAUGAAGGAGUCUCAAUACCAAGCCAACGCCGUUAUGUAGGAUACUGGUCACAUUGUCUUUCUUUUCAUCCUGAAGUUGAUGAUGGACCUCCCUCUGUGAAUUUACCUCCUCCAUGUAGCAGAGAACUGCGAAGAAUCCGAUUUUAUGACACAGUUAACAUUGACAAAAUCUUCUUUGUGGUCUUGGAGCUGCAAGAGAUUUCCGGUCAGAUUUAUCGUCCAUCACUAGAAGUUGCUAGGAGCUCCUGCAAACAGAUUAAGAAAGGAUAUCAGAGAACAAGCAGUCCUCGAUAUUAUCUCUCUUUCAUUGAAGGUGAUGGGGCAGACAAGAAAUCAGAACAAGAAGAGCCUCAUGUUGUAGUUCAAAUGGAUACAGAAAGUUCCAUCCUAUACCAGAAGGCCUGUCUUGAAUAUUACUUUGAUAAGCCUGUGCAGGUAACUGGAGACAUACGUGUCAUAUUUUAUCAAAAAAUGAAUGGAGGGCGUCUCUUCUAUGCUUGCUUUAACACAGCUUUCAUCAGGAACAGCUUGCUACAGCUCACUGUGCCGGAUUUGGAUAAAAUGGGGAAGAAAGGAAGAUCGAUAUGUGGCCCUGCCUUCUGCUUGGAGUUGCUAUUUGGUCCUGCCAAUACUACACAAUCAUUCUUAAAUACAUCUGAUAAUCGUGAUUUUCUAUAAGUCUCAACACGGGAUCGUUUAAUAGGGGGAAUGACUCUCAUUCUGACUCACAAGCAUUGAUCCACUUGAUAAAACCCUGCAGUGUUUCGGAACUGAAACAGUAGUCUACAUACAAACAAAAUCAUUGUCCUCCUGCAUUCUUGCCAUCUAAUUUUUCAUUGGCAGAAAGAAAGCAAUAGGAACAAGAAAAAGUUUUGUAUCAUAGUACUAUCCAGAGCAUUUUGCAGAUGGUGAUAUAUAUAUAUAUAUAUAUAUUAGUUCAGUUUGGCUUUCUUCUUUUCAUUCUACUUAUAGAUUGACUUAUGAUCAAUCAAAUCAAUCUGCAGCAUUCUAUCAACUUAUGCUAUGCAUGUCACAGACAAAUGGCCUAAGUAGAAGCAUUUCUUCAUAGAAUUAUAACUUGAGCAUCAGUCUUCACUUCCUUUAGCUGUUGACAGACAAAAGGGCGACGUUUUUCAACCCAAGGUGAAUCUGAAGCAUCGUCAUUGGUCCAACUCCACUCACCAUCAUAAUAGAGUUUCCCAAAUGGAUCGAUUACCAUCUUGUCCAGCUUCGUCACCAUUAUCAGAACUCAGAUGGCAAGCUCUACCUCUUACUAGUUACCUUGAACCAUGUUGAUAGUAACUCUUUUCAACUAAUCAUGCAAAAAUCCAGAAUCAAUGUUCCUUAUCUCCGGUUGGCCCUCGUAGAACUGCGGUCCCCACCUUGCCUGCAAAAAUUUGUGCAUUCAAUUUGGUAGAAUGAGAUGAGAGAUUAGUAUUGAGAGAAUCCCACAACACCAAAAGAAUUGACAACAGAAAUCAUUUGCAACAGACUUGAAACAAUCUAGUCACUGACCUUUAUCGCAAGUUCUUGCAGAAGAGGUGUUGCCUUGAGAAACUUUAGAACCCACACGAGUUCAUUGUCCUUGCUACUUUUUUCAGGCCCAUGGACAACCAAUUUCAGUUGCUUGA